UCAGUGUAAGAGAGGCGUCGGUGGAGGACGCAGUGGUGACGAACUCUUUCGGACAGUGAGAAAACGAAGACGAGCGAACGAGCGCGAGGGAGGAGAAUCGAGAGAGUGGCGAGAGAAAAGAGAGACGAUAGGAUAUAGGGGAAGGGAGGCAGGCGCACACCGACGUCCCGAACGACGAUCCCUCACGAACGAACGAUCGACUGAAGUUACUUUUUUCUACUUUAAACCUCACCCCACCCCCCUCAUCCCCUCCUUUCAUAACCCGCGCGUGGAGACGACGAGUUUCGCGCUGGUUCCUUGGAUCCCAUAUUCCCUCCCGUUCAUUCCUUUUAUUUAAUUUCUUUCUUUCGACGACACGAAACGAACACUGAACGAAUAACCGAUACCUCGAGCUAUGGCAGCCACCGCCAUGGAUCCAGUCGACAUUGCUAAUAUCCUCGCGCAGGAACUGCUUUAUCAGCAGUUGGUAUCCUUGGACGGAUUACACAGCGGAGUGCCGACCAGAACGACGCCGACGCUGACGCCGACGACGCUCCGCAGUAUCGAGCAGACGUUCUUGGAGCUGACCAGCGAGUCAGCGUCGCACAGUCGCGAGGCCGGGUUCGUGCCGCCCCUGGUCGAGCCGUCGCAACCGACGCCGGCACAAACGCAAAACACGACGGCGCAUCACAUAAUCGCCAACACCGCCACGAGUGCCGCCCCCGUGGCACAGAGCACCACCACCCUCGUGGAGGGCCCUCAUAAUCAGACGGAACCGCAACAACAGCAGCAAACGGCGAGGCGCAACAUGGGCGGCAGAAGGCCCACCAGAACGAUCGGGAUGAGCCCGGAGGAGGAGGAACGACGGCAGAUCCGCCGGGAGAGGAAUAAGAUGGCAGCAGCACGAUGCCGCAAGCGACGAAUGGAUCACACCAAUGCCCUGCUAGAAGAGACUGAGGGUUUGGAACAGAAGAAACAGUGCUUGCAAGAGGAGAUCCACCAGCUGCAACAGGCGAAAGACGAGCUAGAGUUCAUCUUGCAAGCCCACAGAGCCGUUUGUCGGAUUCGUUCCGCGUCCCCGCCGGAUGUGAAGCCGGUGAUAAAACCGUCGGCGGGCCUUCCAGCCGAGGAUCAAUUCGCCGAGAACGAUAACAGCCUGACGAAACAGGAGACAGCAGCAGCGAACGCGAACUUGAGACCGAACCGACCGAACUCGUUGCCGGUCGGGUUCGACAACAACAACCGACCGAAUUCCUUGCCUAUCUUCAACGAGCCGAAAGAGAGACCCGACACGUUGCCGUUCAAAACGGUCGAGACACCGGCGUUCAUGAAACCGUCGCUGGACGUGGCCGGUAUGCCGAUCACCACGCCGACCAGCGGUAUACCGUUCAAUUUCGAAUCCCUGAUGGAAGGUGGCACCGGUCUGACGCCAGUCUCCACGCCAAUGAUACCGUCCUGCUCGACGCAGCAGAGGAACAACCUGUCCGCGGUUGAUCUGAGCUCACCGGACGCAAAUCCACCGAAGCUCGUGAGCUUGUGACGCCAGGCAGACCUCGAGUACGGAUCGAACGAGGACGAUCCGGAAUGAAUGGGGUCGUGUUUCACUUGCUACAAAUAUUACUUUUUUUUGCGGACGAAUCGUAGAAUGUACAGGAGGAGGGAGGAGGAACCAUGACGCGAAAGGAAGCUUGACGAAGUUCUUUUCUACAUCACCAGAGAGAGAAAGAGACAGUUGCCAUACCGUCGUCGACCACUGAGAAGAAUAUAAAUUGAUCUUUGUCGGGCAGUAUUAAAACGAGGAGAAAGAGGAGGAGGAUACCUCGCUCCGCAUCCUUUUGCAACGAAUAAUCUGUCUUUUCUCCAAUUAUUCCGCGUUCCCCCGUUAGACCGAGCGCCGAUCCACGUAUUCUCCGUUGGACACCGGGAAACGCCGCGAGUGCCCGGAUGCAUUUCUCCGACAAUUGGAAACGUGUUUCACAAUACACACACGCGAGACACUUCGUCGACAGUGAAGCUUUUUGACUCGUUUGUAAAAGCGGAAACGAACAAGUACGAUGCAAUAAAAGUGAUGUCGUUGCACUCUGUUCUAUUUUAUUGUAUAUUCGACGGACAUGUUUUUGUAACGAUCACUCAGUACCCGGACGGGUUACCAUUGUCACGAGAUUUUGUGGUAAACGUUCGCGUUCGAUCCGUGUUUUCAUGAAAAUUCAGUAUUGUACGCCUGUAAAACGUGUGAACCCGUCGAGGCAAGCUCUCUGGUUUGUGCUUUACUACGACCACAACAGCGGAGGAGGAAACCUUUCUGAUUCGUUUUUGAGGCUGAAAAAGAGGGGGAGUUCUCUUGUGUCUGCGUAUUAGGCGGCGUGAAUCAGUAGCCGGAAAAUACAUUCGAGGAGCGAAGUAUUUUUUCUUUUACAGCUUGAGGGGGUAAUGCUAGUGUCAAAUAUGUAAAAAAAAAAAACCGCCGAUUGGUAUGAAAAGAAAAAAAAUUUCAACCAGAUUAUCGAAUUACAGUAUCUGAGAAUGUAAUGAAAUUUACGUAACUAGGUUUACUAAAAUAAGUUAAACUAAAUUUAUAUAAAUUAUAGAUACAAAACUGCAUACCGAUAUCUCCAGUAGUUUUUCCGCAACGAAAUUCCGAAGCUUUCGGUUUUUCUUACCCCCUCUGGCAAAUAGUCGCGGACGAUAACGGUUAUCAGCGCGCGCAAGUGAUAUGUAUUUGUAUUUAAACUCGUAACGUUUCACGCAAACAAAUUAGGAUGUAACGACGAGCAUAUAAUAAGAUUGUCAUUUUAUUCGUUU